UAGUUCAAACUUAAUUUACGUAAUCCAAUAACAACUGAUUUGAAUAUGUUUAUAGAAAAUUUGAGGUCAGCAAUUUUAAUUCGGAAAUUGCUGAUUAAUUUUGAUCGAGUUAAGCAUACAUCAUUUAAGUACCUCAUCAAAUAUGAGCAUCAAUAAUCCAAUUGUCUUUACUGUCAUAAAACAAUCAAGAAAUAGUAUGAUAUAUUAACUUGUGAUCAAAAUCAGAAUUCGUUUAAAAUUAACCUAUUUUUAUUAUUUUUACGUUUUUGUGUGGACAUUAUUAAUAUUCUUCAAACAAACCACAAAUAAUUGUGAGGACAUACCAUCAAUUGCGGAUCUUCCUAACAACUUGGGUCCCGGGGAGGAAAAUUCUUUAGUGUAUUUUUAGUUCCACCAUCCCCGUAAACCUUUGAGUAUAAUUGUAUGAAUAUCGUACUCUACUAUAUAAAUUGCUUAAUUCUUCUAUUGUCAUUGGACACCAUAACCGAAUAUAUAAAAUAUGAUCAGCUUGUAAAUAAUUAUUUGCUUCUUUAUUCAUUAGAUUAUUUGAUACCCAAAUCAAUUUAUAUAUGGGCUAAAUUUAUGAAUUAAGUUACAUAUCAUUUCAAUUUGAACUUAUUAUAUGUUAAUGAUUAGAAACAUUAAUAAUUGAAUUGGAAUUACAUGAAAACUUGAAUGAGGUCUCAAAAGGUGAAAAAAGAAAGUUCAGGUCCUGAAAGGUGAAAAAACGAAAAGGAAAAGGGGAAUGAGGUCCCAGACGGUGAAAAAAAAAGGUAUAGGUCCUAAACGGCGAAAAGUUCAAAAGGUUAGACCCCAUUUAUUAGCUUAACUCUCUUAUAAUGAGAGUGUCAAAAUCAACUUUUGGAGUGACAAAAUUAUUUCUCUUAUAAAAUUGCUUGAAAAUUGAAAGACAUAAGUGAAAUAAUAGUAAAAAUGUAUUUGACAUGAAUCAAUAUUGCUAAGGCAUCAUAAAUAUAUAAGAAAAUGUGAUGAUACAUUAUUUUUGGGAAGUUACAUGACUUUUUUGUCUAAUUAUUUUUUUAUACUCCCUCCAUUUCUUUUUGUUGUAUCCGUUUUCAUUUUAAGCGUUUCUUUUUGUUGUAUCCGUUUCUAUUUUUGGACAUACAUUUUAUCCUAAAAUACCCUUACAUUUCUAUCUAAUUACCAAAAUACCUAAAGAUUCUACCCAUAUUCCCACCUAAAUUUCCCCACCCCUAUUAUUUAAUUCUUUUCCCUUCCCCAUAUACCCAUUCUUUCACCUCCUUUAUCACCCAUCAUUAUCACUCCUCUGGAAGAUGAUACACAUACAUUGGGUGUAUGUUGAGUCAACAUACCCUGCUAUUUGGUUGGGCCAAAUCAGCAAUCAUUUUUUCAGUUUUGGGGGGAGAUGGGUUACAACAUGGGGGAAAAUUUUUGGGAAGUAUUGCGCCAUUAGAGAACCUGAGCGGGACUUAUUGCGCCAUUAACACCUCCCAAAAAUUUUCCCGCUCACACCUUCCUAAAAAAAAAAAAAAUCCAAAAAAAUCAGAUUUGAGCUUCAACCAUUUUUGGCUGGGUGUCUGGUUUUUGAAGACGAAGUUGAACCAGUUCCUAACUCCCAUUUUCAUUGAAGACGAAGCUCAAAUUGUUGCAGUGUUAUACGCUAGAGCCAUUGAAGGAAUAGACCUUAAUGAAACUGUAACAAUUGAAGAUUGUAAUGAGGAUACCGGUGCAACUGAUAAGAACUCCAAUCCCCCUACCGUAGGUAUGUGCUUUACAACGGGUCAAGAAUUUUUCGAUUUUUGUAAUAUGUAUGCGUUUAAGGAAGGUUUUGAGAUGUUUAUGAAAAGUAAUAAUUUGAAACAAGAGUAUAAGGCUAUUGGAGUGAAUAGGAAAGGUACUGGAGAUCUUGAGCCAAAGCAUCACAUGAUGGAAUUAAUAAGAUUAAAAUGUAAGAAGGGAGGCACGAACGUUGGGUCCAAUGUAACUGGUUGUAAAAUGUUCGUUUAUGGUAAAUUUAAAGACGAUAAGUUUACCAUAUUGAAGUGUGAGUUGGAACACAAUCAUGCUCUAAAUCCAGAUUGUAGUAGAAUGAUGGUUAACUAUAGGAAUAUUGAUAGUACGACGUUUAAAAGAGCGAUGAUUAAUGACAUGGGUGGUGUUAGCAUUAGCAAAAACUAUGGUACUCAAUUGAUUGAAAAGGGUGGGUUUGACAAUAUCGCAUUCAACCAGAGGGACCUUAGGAAUGCGAUAAGUGUAGAACGGCGUAAGUCUAGGUUUCAGGAUUCUGAUGCAGCAGGAUUAGAUCAAUAUUUUAAAGCGCAACGGGAAUUGAAUUCUGAAUUUUAUUGCUCCAUCCAAAAAGACGAUGAAGGUGUAUUUACAAACGCAUUUUGGUCCGAUGCGCGAAGUAGAGGGACAUGCAAGUAUUUUUGAGAUGUAAUCACAUUCGAUACAACCUUUUCAUGCAACAGGUUCCGUAUGCCCUUUGCACCAUUUAUUGGUGUAAACCACCAUGGAAAGUCAAUUAUAUUUGCGGCAGCACUUAUAUCCCACGAAGAUGCGCCAACAUUUGUUUGGGUGUUCGAAGAAUUCCUGAAGUGUAUGGGUAAGGCUCCUAAGGGCAUCCUAACGGACCAAGACAAGGCAAUAGGUAAAGCAAUUAAGCAAGUGUUCCCUGGCGUGCCGCACAGACUAUGUCUAUGGCACAUGCUCCAAAAUGCUAAGAAAGCGCUUGGUAGUCGUAAGGACUGGCCGAAGAUUGAUACCCUAAUACGUACUGCCAUACACGAUUUUCUUGAUCCUGACGAGUUUGAUGAAGCAUGGACUCAUGUGAUGGAAGAAUACCGUCUAAGCGGUGCUGGGUGGAUGAAGGAUGCGUACGAACUGAGGCGUCAGUGGGCUCCGGCGUACAACAGAGGAAAGUUUUGGGCUGGUAUGUCUUCUACACAAAGAAGUGAAGGUAUGAAACGAUUCUUCAAAACUCAUGUUAACUUAGAAUGCGGUUUGGUUUUGUUCAUUAAAAAUUAUGAGUGGUGCAUGAGGAUAAAAGCUGAGGAAGAGAAGCAGGAUAAUUAUGAUAGCAUUGAUAAGAUUCCCCGUCUUGAGCCGGAUAAGAGUGUGUUAGUUGAAUAUGUGCUGGUUAAGUCGUACACUAAUGAGAAGUUUGCGGAGGUGGUGGCAGAGCGUAAGGGGUUGAUGCACACUAAUGUCACUAAAAUCGAUGCUCUCGGUACCGUGUCAUUCUAUAGAGCAGAUGAGAAAUUGACAUCCCCAUUCUGGCGGAAAAGGUUCAAACAGUACAACGUCAAAGUGGAUAAGGUUAAGGGUGAAUUACAUUGCUCGUGCAACUUGUUUGAAUUCACGGGCAUACUAUGUAGGCACAUAUUGAAGGCAAUGUAUGUUGAAGAUUUUCAAGUUCUUCCUGAAAAAUACAUUUUACCACGUUGGAUGAAACAAGUGAGGUCGUAUGAAAGUCUUCAGGUUUCUUACUUUGACCCAUUAGAGUCAUCUCGGUUAGCGAAAGCCAAAGAGUUGUCACAAAGGCAAAAUUACCUGUAUGAGAUGAUCAUGCAUAGUGAAGAAGCUUUGAAAUUGUACAAAGAGGCUAUGGAUGUUGUUCGUCUUAAAAUGGAGGAUGCAAUCGGAAUACGAAAGAGGGGUGACACGGGUGACGAUUCAAUAUUUUGGUGGGAUCCCGAUGCCCGUAAUGUGUUUGGUCGUCGUAGGCUACGACCAAGAGAAUUCGACGAAAGGGCUCUUUUGAGGAACGCUGAGGAGGUUGUUGGCGAAGACGUCUUAAAGACCCCGGUUGAUAAAAGGCAUACUGGAAGGGCAACGACUAAAAGAAAUACGCCAUUUGAUAAAAGUGCUGCUGGGCCGUCGAAGAAGAACCAAACAACACAAGAGGAAUUAGCCGCGAAAGAGGCGCUAAUUUCCUCCGCAUUUGGUAACAUUCCUAGUUAUCGUGCUAGGCGUGACCACGCAAAUAACGUGGCAGGACCGUAUCUGGAUACGGGCUUGAACAACGGAGUUUUGUUCGAAGAUAUUCCUCAAGGGUCCCAAAUCAACUUUUCUCAAGAUAAUUCACAAGCAUUCAGUAAUCUUGAGAGUUACCCGUGGUGCACAAGACUAUGAUGCAUGUUUUUUUUUAAUGUAGUUAAAGACGUUAAUUGAAUUAUUUUCUAUAUGCAAUCAAGGUUUUAAUGCAAAGAUGUAACUUGAAUUUAUUUAUAAAUCUAAUUAUGGAUUGCAAUUUCAUAUUUAUUCGUUGUUAACGAUACGGAGUAAAACAUUUGUAACAGGAAUUAGAGUAGUGAAUAUUGUGUGUAAUCGUAAAACAAUUGUUGUGACCAA